AUGUUCUCAACUCAUUCAGCAUAUGCCAGAAAACUCGACGUCAUAAACAGAGGCUUUAGUGGCUAUACAACCAACCAUGCACUCGAAAUACUCCCUCAAUUCUUUCCUUCCCCUUCUCAAGCCAAAGUUCGUUUCCUGCUGAUCUUUUUCGGCGCCAAUGAUCUCAACCGAGGCCCCUCUACAAAGCAAUUUGUGCCUCUUCCGCAAUUUGUUAUCAAUCUCAAAACCAUCAUCUCCCACCCUCUCAUUCAAGCUCACUCUCCAAAUAUCAUUCUUGUGACGCCGGGACCUGUUGACGAGGCAACAUCCAGAAUAAUGAACAUUGAGUGGGCAAAUUCGGAUGAACCUAGACGGGUUAGCUGGACAAGAGAAUAUAGGGAUGCGGUCAAACAGGUUGGAGAGGAAGAGGGCCUGGGUGUUGUUGAUAUUUGGAGUGCAUUUAUGGGGGCAUGUGGGUGGAAAGAAGGAGAUGAAUUUGCCGAGAUGCCAGGUCUAGAAGAAAAUGGCAAAGACAAAAAGCUUACGAAACUGCUGUACGAUGGUCUACAUUUUAGCGGCGAGGGCUAUAAGAUUCUUUUUGAUGAAGUGACGAAGUUGAUUACCGAGAAGUAUCCAGAUCAGACUCCUGAGAACAUUAAGAAUCCCAUUAAGAUGCAGUGGGAAAUAGAUAUAGGCUGCCAUGUUGACUCAGCAAAUGACACCCGGCGUAACCUCGGCUCAGCCGUAUUACUGUUGCAACUCAGCUCAGCAUUGAGAUGGCUACCUAAUCUCAAUAUAUAUAAGUCAUUCAAGAGGUCUAUACAAUUACCAAGAUCUUUGAAGGUGUGUCUAUACUUGAACAUGGCUUUGCAAACGCCUUGGCCAAUAUGCGCAACAUGUCAGGCGAUUCCUUAUACAUUAUUCCGGAAUGGAACAAUCAACGACCCUCACCCGUUUUGGCCGAGCUUCUCUGAGUUUGCGAAUUCUGCUUCGAGAGGUUGCCAUACGUGCACUUUGCUAUACGAAUCUAUCCGAGAGCCUUUCAAACAUCGAUUGGAAGGUCAACCGAUAUUUCUAGAACGCGGAACUAUUGAUGACGGCGGUGGUGCCGAAGCUGUAGCCUUGACAGUGGAUCUCGCCUCUCUACCCGAUCAUAAUACCUGGGCAGACGAUCUCUUACGGAAGCACGUUGAAGAAAAAUCCUCUGGCUUCAAAUAUGUACCAAUUGCUGAUGUUAAACAUGCCUCGGAUGCUGAGGAGGUGCCUAAAAAUGCACGAAAUUUCAAGGAUCUUAUCAGCUCAUAUGAAGAGAGCGAAGGGGCGGCUAGGUAUAUCAAGCAAUCAAUGAGUCAUUGCUUGGAAAAUCACAAGUUAACGUGCGAUCGGGUGAUGUUUCCAAUCUCAUCCGCUGCGUCACAGCGACACAAUGUAGUCAACAUUGUGUCCGGACGCAAUGGAAUGGUAAUGGCGCCAACUCGCCUCAUUUACGUGGGUUCUCAAGAUGCUGGCGAUGUGCCGAAACUUGUGGAUGGGCAAGAAUGUCUUUAUAAAGGUGGGUAUCUGAUUCUCAGCUACUGCUGGGGAAUGACACCUAAAGAUGCACCAUGGCAACUGAACACUAAAACUAUGCCACUCUUUACGACGGAGAUCCCACUCAGAAUUCUUCCACAGACCCUUCAUGAUGCGAUUAUGUUGACUCGCAAGCUGGGAGAGCAUUAUAUCUGGAUCGACAGUAUGUGUAUUCUUCAGGACUCAACAGAGGAUUGGCAAUUUGAGGCUUCUAAUAUGGCUUCCAUCUAUGGAAGUGCUGUUAUGACUCUCGUAGCUGCAUCUAGUUCAGUAUAUGGUGGUAUGACGGAUCGUCGAAACCCAUUACGAAAUACUGCUGCUAGUCUCGAUUUACAACAUGAUUCUUCAAAAUCUACUGUCUAUAUAUUGCCAAAUGGACAACCUCGAAACGCUCCACUACCCCCACCAACCGACAGUCGAGGCUGGUGCUAUCAGGAAGAUUUACUUUCCAGCAGACUAGUAAAGCUGACGCAAAAAUCCAUAAUAUGGCAAUGUCUAGGCGACAAAAGUACCCCUAACACUCGAUCACAGGGUCUUCAACAACUCAUCCAGCAUCCUCCUUACAGAUGGUAUACACUUUGGUACCGCUUAAUAGAACAAUACUCCAACAAAAGCCUAACAUACCCAAAAGACAGACUUCUUGCAUUCUACGGUAUCGCAUGCGACAAAGCAGCCGAUGCAUACCUUGCCGGACUUCUCAAAACUGAUCCUUGGGCAAGUUUACUUUGGUGUCGCGAUGAAAACCAAAUCCAGCGACGGCCGGGCCAUAGAUACAAAGACUAUGUUGCGCCUUCGUGGUCUUGGGCAAGUAUUGAUGCGCCUGUACUUUUUUAUGAGGCAAAUGCACGACAUUGGAGGAAACCACAACUCGGUACCACGCUCCGAGAUCCAGAGCUCAUUCAUGCGGAGGCACAGCCUAUUUCAUAUUUCAAAACCGGUGCUGUGAAAAGUGGUAGCGUUGAGAUAUCAGCUUAUAUUGUCAUGGCUCGCACAGCACCUGUCGAACCGUUUUUAUUCAAUACCAGGCAGGGCUCUCAUACAUACGGGAGACGAAAUUGUGUGGAUCCGGUUACCGGUGAUGCGCUUGGAUUAAUUGUUUUUGAUGUUGCGCUAGAGGCAAAGGAUGAUAUGUUAUUAUGCUGUGCGCUUUUGCAGACAGGGAAUAUGGAUUUGUGGGAGAAGAACGGGACGUCUGGGCUUGGCUUGGCAUUGAGAGUGAAAGGAGCGACUGCGAAACACUGGCGAUGUACUCGAGUGGGAUAUGUCCAGUUCACAUCUGCGUUCGGGCACUAUGCGCAAAAGUGUCGUGUGGAAAUUUCGUAG